AUGUGUGAAGAUGGCACAGAAUUGUUGAUCAAAACUGAAGUUAGCACACCGGAUGCAACGCUGGAUUUGCACUUGAACCAGAAUUGUUGUACUGCUCAUGAAGCAAAAUGGACAUAUGAAUGUUGUGGCAACCAACCUGAUGAUUUAUUCGAGGCAGAGGAAAAUCCAAUUGCAAUCAAGUCAGAGUACGAAGAGGUCGAUGAUCAGCAUCAGCUGCAAACAAUGAAUGAUGAUGUGAAUCGUGAAGAGGAUAAAAGAAAUUCCUUGGAAUCGAUCUCUCAGGAUCAGAAUAAUCACUCUGUGAUCGUGGCAAAUAAUACGUAUGCCGAUGAUUCAGCAGCAGAAUCAAUUCAAAACUUCUUGAGUCCCGGAACCCGGAACGCCCAUAGCAAAAGCCAUUCCAAAAACCAUAAGCACCACUGUCCGUAUUGUUCCGCAGCAUAUCCGUUUUUACGAAUGCUGAAGUCACACAUCCGCACACACACCGGCGAAAAGCCAUACAAGUGUAAAGUAUGUGACAAAGCCUUUCAUUCAUCAGGCAUUCUGGCAAAUCAUUCGAAAAUACACAAUAAGGGCAAAUAUCAUCAGUGCCCUCAUUGUUCAUCAACGUUCGUACAGUCAACUAACUUAAAGAUUCAUAUCCGCAUUCACACUGGCGAAAAGCCAUACAAGUGUAAAAUAUGUGACAAAGCCUUCCAUUCAUCAGGCAGUCUGGCAGUACAUUUGAAACUGCACAAUAAGGACCAUCAGUGUCCUAAUUGCCCUUCAAAGUUUGCCCGUUCAUCAGACUUAAAGUUACACAUCCGCAGACAUACUGGCGAAAGACCAUACCAAUGUAAAAUCUGUGACAAAGCCUUCAAAUCAAAAGGCAAUCUGGCAGAACAUUCGAAAAUUCACAAUAAGGCCAUACAGCACCAGUGUCCUAAUUGCCCUUCAAAGUUUACCCGAUCAUCAGACUUAAAGAUACACAUCCGCAGUCAUACCGGCGAAAGGCCAUACCAAUGUAAAAUCUGUGGCAAAGCGUUCACGUCAUCAAGCAAUCUGACACAACAUUCGAAAAUUCACAAGAAGGAUGAAACUCAUUAAUCUUCAUAGUUCAUUUAAGUUUGAGUUGGUAUAAGAUUGAAUUUUGUAUAUUUGUAUAACGUUUGUAUAACGAAUGAAAAAAGCAGUGAAAAAGUGAAAAGUGUGGAAAAGCGUUAUAAAAAUAAAGUGAAACUAUUUUCCGAUGAACAAACUAAAGAAGAAAAUAUUCUCAAAGGGAUU